AUGGAUUUUAAGGAUACCAGAAAAACACCUGUGGAGCCGGAGGUGGCAAUUCACCAGAUUCAAAUCACACUAACAAACCGCAACAUAAAAUCCCUGGAGAAGGCGUGUGCUGACUUGAUCAGAGGAGUAAAGGAAAAGAAUCUCAAAGUGAAAGGACCAGUUCAGAUGCCUACCAAGACUUUGAGAAUCACUACAAGAAAAACUCCUUGUGGUGAAGGUUCUAAGACAUGGGAUCGUUUCCAGAUGAGAAUCCACAAGCAACUCACUGACUUGCACAGUCCUGAGAUUGUCAAGCUGAUGACUUCCAUCAGUAUUGAGCCAGGAGUUGAGGUGAAAGUCACCAUUGCAGAUGCUUAAGUCAGCAAUUUUAAUAAAUGGAUUACCAGUUG